UUUGAACGUUGGGGGUGGGGCCUAUGUUCUGAGAGGGAAAUUUUGUCAGCAGGACAGAAGAACGUUAGAGAAACAACGCAGUUUAUUGUAUACAACUCAAGCUAAAUACUAAAGUUUUAUUCGUUGUUUUCACAUAUAUUUGUUAGGAGCAAACCAGGUAAACUAACUGCCGCGCCAUGUCACACAAGCAGAUCUAUUAUUCAGACAAAUACGACGAUGAAAAAUUUGAAUACAGGCACGUCAUGCUACCUAAAGACAUAGCUAAACGUGUGCCUAAAACACACCUGAUGUCGGAGACGGAGUGGCGUAACCUCGGCGUUCAGCAGAGCCAGGGCUGGGUGCACUACAUGAUCCAUCAGCCAGAACCACACAUCCUGCUGUUCCGCCGUCCUCUGCCCACGACCAAACCCCAGUGACAGAAAGCAGGUGGAGAAGGCCUCGUUACACACUGCAGAAGGAUGACAAAGAAAGGUGGAAGACAAAGUGCUGAUGAACUCUGGUGUUAAUUCCUUUUGAUUAUAAGAGGAAUAUGUUCUGCUUAUAAGGGUUUUCCAAAAUGUUCUUAUUGUUCCACAUAUCUUUGCAUAAAUAGAAUAUUCAGACUGUUCUGUUUUUCACUGUAUAAUUUUGGUGAGAGAAAAAGCAGUCAUAAAGUAUGCUUUGCAUUUAAACAGUGAUUUAACUUUCUUUUUCGUUGUGUAAUUAUAGAACACUUUGCAUGUUGUUUAUAGUACUGUGAAUGUUUUUCAUCUUCCACUCAUUAUUUAUGAUCUUUUUUUAAAAUCUACUUUAAAAAAAUAAACUUUCUGAAGAAUA